UGCAACAGUAAAUAAUAUAAAUAGCCUUUCGGAUGCGGCAUUUAAUUGAGGAGAAGAAAUAAAGCUAAAAUGACAUCCCGCCUGUUUUCCGCUGGUGCAUCGCUGUUGGUGGUCGUUCUGGCCCUCGGCCUGGUAGACAGCCUCACUAUUUCGGUGACAAAUGGAGAAACGGAAGGUGAAUGGGGACCAGUGGAGCUUUGCCCAGCUGGAUCACGUGCUGUCGGCUACCAAAGCCGCAACGAUCUGAACCAGGGAACCGAUUUUACUUCUCUCAACUCGAUCCGUCUGUUUUGCGACGAUGUGGACGCCACCAACGUAACGUCAACUGAAGGAUUCAUCGGCCAGUACGGUCCCGGUCGCAGUUGCGCGGCCGGAGCGGCGCUUUCAGCAUUCCAGUUGCGCGUGCAGCCCAACGGAGUCUCAGCGGACAAUACGGCAGCCAACAGCAUUCGAUUCCGAUGCACCGACGGAAUUGAACUCGCCAGCGCCGGAAAUCAACAGGGAACUUUUGGCACCUACAGCGACGACUGUCUGACCGGCAUUUGCGGAAUCCAAACACUGGUGAAACCCGAAGAUGUCACGGUUGACAACACAGCUCUCAACGAUGUUCGUUUUGAGUGCUGCGCUUGAAUCUUGACGACCGGAUUCCUGUAGUCUUUGUUAAUCGCGCCUCUAUCUUGCAAAAUGUACAGGCCAAAUGUUACAAAUUAAAAGGCUAAAUAUUUUACAGCCUGUACAUAAUUCAGAGCAUUCAAAAUAUUAUUGAAAAAAUCAAAUAAAAAGUUUCUUCAAAGGAGAAA